AUGCUGGAGUUAUUAAUGUUGGAACUGCAUCAGUUGCAGCAGCAAAGAGGAUCGGGUCACAUAAUCAGUUGGAAAUGCCCAGGAGAGGUUACAUCUCACCAUAUGGAUACUACAGAUAACCAACCUCCCAUGAAGCUUUGUGCCCAUCUUGUAAAUUGGGUGGGGAACCUCUGUCCCUCCAGGUGUCCUGGGACUCCUCCAGCUCCCAGCAGCCGCCAUGACCAAUGGUCAGCCCUGGUGAGAGUGGAGAGUCCAGAACUAUCUGGAGGAACCAGAUUUCCCGCUCCUAGAAAUAAGAACAUAAACGGAGCUCUGCUGGAUCAGGCCCUUGUCCAUCUAGUCAUGCAUCCUGUUUUCACAAUGACCAGAUAG